AUGAGUACAAAUGCCACCAUGGUAACAGAAUUUAUUCUCCAAGGAUUUUCCAAGUUAAAGGAAAGCCAAAUUUUCCUCUAUCCGCUGUUCCUUCUCAUCUAUGUCAUUACAAUUGGUGGAAAUGUAUCUGUAAUUAUUACAUAUACACUUAGUCCGAAUCUCCACACCCCAAUGUACUUUUUUCUUGCAAAUUUCUCCUUUUUGGAAAUAUUUUACGUGACAUCUACCAUUCCCAACAUCUUAUCCAAUUUGUUAUCUAACCGUAGAGCUAUCUCUUUUUAUGGCUGUGCAGUCCAAAUGUACUGUGUCCUGCUUUUGGGUGGAACAGAGUGUUAUAUGUUGGCAGCCAUGGCAUUUGAUCGGUAUAAUGCUAUUUGCCGACCCUUGUUAUAUACCAUUAUUAUGAACAGAACAGCUUGCAUUAAGCACAUCAUUGGAUCAUGGUUCAUUGGGGCAAUUAAUGCAAUAAUACAUACAUCUCUUGCAUUUUCUUUGUCAUUUUGCAGAUCUAAUCAGAUUAACCAUUUCUUCUGUGACGUUCCACCAUUGCUAGAACUGUCGUGUCAGGACACCUGGGUGAAUGAAUGGACAAUAUUUAGCGUUGCUGGUUGCGUUAUAAUUGGCUCAUCCAUAUUAACAUUGUUCUCUUACAUACAGAUCAUCUCAACAGUUCUACAGGUACAUUCAAGUUCUGGGAGAAAGAAAGCUUUUUCAACCUGCACCUCCCACUUGAUAGUGGUUACAAUUUUUUAUGGCUCUGCAAUCUUCAUGUAUUUUAGACCCAAGUCAGGUCAUGGGAUGACGUAUGAUAGUUUUGUGUCACUAAUGUAUACUGUGAUUGCACCUCUCUUAAAUCCUUUUAUUUACACUCUUAGAAACAAAGAAGUAAAAUCAGCAAUCACAAAGAUAUUGCUGAAAAAAAAACAAGACAUUGAUUAUUGA